GAGCCAAACGCCGAGCCGAACAAGAAGCUCGCCCAGAACAAGAACGGGCAGAUCGCCUGCUGGGCGGGCAACUGGAAGGAUACCUUCACGUACACCUGGCUGAAGGCGGACCCCAAGUGGGCCAAGAUCGUCAAGGACGCGCAGAUGGCGGAUGCCCAGCGCGUCAACGACGAGGGUGGCGACCAAAAGGAAUGGGACCAACGGAAUAAGAUCUACGAGGACAGAGUGAAGGGUGUCUGGGAGCCCAAGAAGGGGGGCUGCACCAUCGGCCUGAACAUGGACCAGUGGCCGAAGAUCCAGCAGGGCACGGUCAUCGGCGUGGAAGCCGACAUGGACGCGGGCACCAUCGGCUACUGGGCAGAUGGCAAAUACCUGGGCGUUGUGAAGGAUACAUAUGGCAAGGCGGCGGACUUGAAGGGCAAGAAGCUGUUCCCCGCUGUCAGUGUGUUCGGCAGGACCGACGGCGGGGGCAGGUUCGACGGCACCGUCCUCGAGCUGCGCACAGGCUUGGAGCCCCCGCCCCGCGCGUGA